AUGCCGAAAGCAUUGAACUCCUGGCUGGACGUCUUUGAAGACCUCACGCUGGCUAUAAAGCCAGACGUUGCCAAGGCGUUGCGCACUGGGGUGACGGAGCUUUCGCUGAACGGCCUGCCUGCAGCGCCUGGCGGGGUGUGCCGAGUUGAGGGGCACAUGGACCGCACGCAGGAGUCAGGCGCGUCGAACACCUUCAAAGAGGUGGUGGUGUUGGUGCCAGAGCCGUGGACCUCGAUCUCCUACGGCGCUUCGAGCCUGUCGAUCGCAGUGGGCAGGAGCCUGCAAGCGCUGCAGCCCAAAGCGGCUUCAGGUAGUGUGGCACCGUCUCGUUUCUCUGCCAGCUGCACUCAUCCUACGGUGCACGUGUUCUUCGACGUGCGGACUGGCUUGGCAACGAUCAAUGGCUUCCCUGUCUUCCAUCUUGACAUCUACACAGGGGCCUUGAUGUUGACUCCGUCGGCAAACUUGACGGACCUCUUUGACUCGUUCCAGGAAUCGCUCAGGGCCAGCCUCCACCUCUCCUGCACUGUCUGGGGCCACUUCGAAUGGCAGCCUGGCGUCACCAUCACACCCGCCACAGGCGACCUUGCCAUAAUCGUGGAGGACGACGUGUGCUGGAAGCUCGCGGCCAAUGAGAGCGCGACAUGGCUUGUGGUCGAGAGGAUCCGCCAUUCGACCAUGGCCCGGUGCCGGGCUGCCUGCCGCAAGGCUGCCAACUGUGGUGUCUAUGGCUUCGCGUAUAGCGGCUAUGGCCUCUUACAGUCCGACGCCUUGGAAGGCGAGUGCCAGUUCCUGUCCCCAUGCCUGGGAAGCACGCAAGUUGCCGCCUGCCAGCAAACUCCUGCCUGGGAGAAGAUCGGGAACUGCAGCCGGGGCGCCACGUGUCUGGUCCUGUCAGCAUCGACGCCCUUUUGGAUCUACGAGGGCACCUACUGCCCAAUUGGAUGGGGGAUCAACCAGACGACUGGGCACAAGGUUGGGCAGAUCUAUCACAAGCAGGGCCUUACAACCCAGGACUCGUUCUACUUGCAGCCUGCUGCGGCCACGUCUUCGGACUGCAGCCCCGGAUCCCUCGUCCUCACGCGCCCAAACACAAGCUGGGACUUCGAGAACACCAGCAUGAAAGUUGUGGAGCUACAUGGAGAGCAAGUCGCCUGCCUUUCGGCCGCCACCCCGGUGGUUGCGAGCGUUUUCGACAACGGCGCCCAGAAGGUGUUCACGCAGGGGCAAGACGUCGGCGAAGGCCUGGAGCUGUCGCUCCAAAGCCCGACGUGCGGGACGGGUGAGCUGAACUUCUCCGUGGACGGCCGCGAAGUGGCCUUGACGAGCUACGUGCAGGAGGUGCUGCUGGACAACCCGACGACGGAGACGCCAAAUGACUUCAGUGUACAUCCGUGUGAGUGCUUCCCAGAAGAGUGGGGCGUCCGGCCUCCGGUCAGAUCAUCAAGCUUCAAGCUCGUCCCACCGGGCAGCAGCAACGUCUUCUCGCCGCCCCACAUCACGAUCUCGGAGGGUGCUGCCUUCUGCGAGCAGGCGGAGCUCCUCACUGUGGUGUACGGCGAGUCGACCCCCCAGCCGUGCCUUGCCAAGUGCCAGCUUGAGCCGAACUGCACGUUCUUUUGGGCCGGAACGCUGGACGGAAGCAAGCAGUGUCGCCUGUACUCUGGCUGCCGCACUCUUGUGCUGACCUCCAACGCUCGGGGCACGCUCGCGGCGAUUCCCAGCGCCCAGGACAAGUACUGCGUGCGCGCUGAUCCGCAGGCCUGCUUUGCCAUCCGACAGCGGCGCACAUUCCUUGGAGCCGGAACGGGCGGUGGAGAAGUGCCAGGCGGCGUGUGCCUCCACGAGGACCUGGCUCGUCAGUGCGACUGGCUCCGCAUGUUGGGCGUCCAGUCGGUAGAGAGUUGCUACAAGUGCGACUUCGCGCUGCCGGGCGACCUUUCGUGGCAGCAGAAGGUGCCUUUGCCCACGUUCACUUCGGGCUGGCAGCUGAAGGCCUCAUGCUGGACGGAACGCUACACGCCGGUGGCGCAGGCCAGCUACACCGUCACCUGUGCUGCCGGCCGCUUCUUCGGUCCUUCUAGCGACGCAGGCUUCGGCAGCUUCGAAUGCGCAGCAUGCAUUCAGCUCGUGCAGAGAGACUACAGCACCUACCAGUUGCAGAACCACCAGGAGCUCUACUUCGCGCCGAGCGUGCAGAUGCAGAUCUUCGGAAACAUCGCUGAUGACAGGUGCCUGGAGUAUGUGGCUGAGAACGACUUGUGUAUGCAGCUGCGCGGUGUUGGAGCGCUGGGAAGUAGUUGCGUGCCAAACCCUGGCGAGUACUUCCUGUGCACAGCCGGCGUCGACUAUUGCCUCUAUGAUGAGACAACGCACCUUCAGUUGAAGGAACAUUAUGAUUGUCCGGCCAGCAUUGCGCUGUCUGAUUUUGGCCCAUGUUCCGCGGGCCCUAAGGCAAGUGAAGCGAUGGAAGAUGCGUCCCUGCUGCUGCAGGCGCGCUUUCGGCACCAUCGUCAGGAACCCCUUCCAGUCAUGUGCGUCUUUCACGCCGCACUCCUGCCCGGAAACUAUCGGGCUUUGACCCUGAACGGCACUGACUCCAGCACAUGGAGGCUGACGACUGGGACCCAAUGCCUUGAAGAGAGCAAGGGUCUACACGGCUAUGAGCUCCAACUCGCGGACUGUGGCGGUGUGGGGGCGCAGCGAUUCAGCGAAGAUGUGCUCCGCCAAGCACUCCGACCUCCAUUUUUCAGCCUAGGCAAGAAGGAGAAUGCCUGCCCCAACUCCUCCAAAUGGCCCACAUGCGAUCUAAAGAUCUCUGGUUGCAGAGACCACAGUGGCAUGCCGCUGCCUCUGGCGGCCUUCAGUGUAGCAGGCAGCAGCCCCGUGGACUGCGCAAACACCCCAGUGACCGCCAAGCAAUCGGUACUUGUUGCGGCGGGCGCAGUCAAAAUCCGCAACCAAAGAGGCCACUGCCUGCGCUGGCAGUGGUCAGCUAGCGGCCGCUGGUUAUGGGGCUCCUGCCAGAGUCCGUUGAGCUUGUGGACGUUCGUUGAGACUUCCCCUGGCAUACGCGUCUUGGAGCUGUACGACACGGGGAGUUGUCUUUUUCUCUCCAAUUCCGUGAUGCUGAUAUCGUGUCCAAACGCGUUAGUUGGCUGGGGGUCGUCCUACAGCAUGUCCUUCAACGAGACGAGAGGCAUGCUGGUUCAGACCGAAGCUUCCGGAGGAGAGCUUUGCUUCGGCUCAGAGGGCAUCAUGGAUUGUCAGGGCGACGGCCAACUCUCGCUUCUUGGGGCCGCACAGACCAGCGAAGACUUUACGCUGCAGUGUCCGACUGGGACGCUGAUGAGCGGAUUGUUGGUCUACCCGGGAGGCAACAACCUCAUGAACGUCACAUGCGUGACCGUUGCCGCGAUGGGUUCCUGCGCCGUGCUGCCUAGCACGGUCAGUGAUUCCAUCACAGUCAACUGCCAGGGCUCCGGGAAGCCAGCUGGCGUGCAGUCUGUGACCUUCCAAAAGAGCCUCCAUGGCUGGAGCGUCACCCCGACGUGCUGCUACGUGGAGCCGCUGAUCAUGGGCCUCGUGGCGACCGGCACCCUGAUCACCAGCAGACUGCAAGACUGGGAGGGUGUCUACUGCCCAGCGAAGAUGGACAUCAGUGGCCGGCUGCAGUUCCAGCAGCGCAGCUCUUUCCAUCUCCCGGGCAGCAACCAGGACUUAUCGGGCAACUUGUCCUUCGACAUCCGCACCGGCAACUGGUGUUUGAAGGAUGUGGGGUGCGCAGCCAGUGAUGCAGUCGACCCCGUGUCUCAGGCAGCUGGCAGUGCGAGAGUGGGCAUCAAGGGAGCAAGCUGGGAAGCUGUGGCCGUCACGGACUUCAACGGCCAGUACGACAGCACGGUGUCGACGGCCAGUACCGGAUCUGGCAAGCGGCAUCCGCCCAAGCUCAUCCAGUUCCAUGCCGACGUGCCGAAAGUGGCCUCAGAGUGCAAGGAAGAGGUGCCAGACUGGGACACUGUGGGGAAGACGUUGAGCGAAUCGAACCCCUGCUUGUACGUCACAGGUGAGAAGGCAAAGACCGCCGAAGAGUACGAGGAAGGCAAGGGCAAAGGUCCUGCCAACUGGUGGGCCGCCACGUCGGUAAACGCCGACUACGACCCGCUAGAAAGCGGCCGCGGUGGAGCCGGCUACAGCUACAGCAACAUCCUGUCAUGUUGGUCGCGCCUUGGCGAGCGCAACAAGGCACUGGCCUCCACCGAAGAAACCGUUGACCACGUCAAAAGCGCAUGGGACAUGCUGACCGGCGUUGGGAAGAUGGCGUGCGCGGCGUUGCCGUACAUCGUGACGGCGCCGUUGGGCGUUGGCACGCAGGAGAGCCCCGGGAAGAUGUGCUCAUCUGCGCUGGGGUCGGCUCUGAUUUCCGAGAUCAACACGGUCGUCAACAUGCUCCUGGAGGAGACCGAGGCCAACAAGAGAGAAGAGGACGCGGCGGAUUGCAAUGGCAAUCGGGCGGCUUUCGCACGGAUGUGGUGCGACAUCCACUGCGUGAGGUCUGCGGUCCAGGAAGGAGAUGCCGCCAUCCUGUCGUCGUUGGCGAAGGCCGUCAACGUAUUGGACAUCAACGUGGAGCGUAUCGUUCAGUAUUACACUGGCAUCGUGGACGACAAGGUUGAUGCCCUCGCAAAGCAGAAGAAGAAGGGCGCUGACCUUCCAGAGGUGAAGGCGGGCAUGGCGAAGCAGUUGGCUCUGGUGAAGCAGCUGCUCCAGAAGACGCCCCUGGACUCGGUGGGACGGGUCGCUUCGGGGCAUCUUCUGCAAAUCUUCAUGCAAGGUCUCCAGAACCGGUCCGACUUGGCCCAAGUUUUAGAGGACGUGGAUCAGCUGCAGGCGUCGGUGGCCCAUGUUGCGCGGGGCCAUGCUCAGGAUGCCGGAGCCAUGGUUGCGGAGAACGUGGCGCGCGCCGCGAGCAAGAUGCAGGACGUGGCCCGCGCGAGGAGCCACGUGCUCGGGGUCUACUCGCAUCGGAACCAGGACUCCAAGAAUCGUCAAAGGCAGCUGGCGUCCGCUGCGGCGGCGAAGAGCGGCCGCUUGCUGCUGGAAGAUGAGCUGAGCGGCACGAAGACCGACGACAGCAUUUGGCAAGUGCUCCUUCAGUUGGACACAACAUGGUGGGCACUUCGCGCGGCCUUCGACAAGUACCUGGAUCAGGCGAAGAUGCAUGCUGAGACGUAUCAGCGCUCGGCGAGGCUCUUGCAGGACUACUUGGCAUGUUCUGCUCACUUCGCAGAGGUUAAGGACGCCUACGGCACUUUGAUGGCGUCUGAGAACGCAGCGGAGGCUGCGCUGAAGGAGGCUUGGUCCUCCAUGCUGCCGCUGACGGGCUUGCUCGUGUCUAAGGUGGUGGACUCCAACGCCCUGAUCAAGCUGAGUCUCGAGGAUGUCAGGGUCGCUGCAGAGGAGUUCGCUGUGGAUGGGGCCGAUCUACGACUCUGCCAGGACCCUCACGUCUUCUCGGACCAUGUGGGUCGGGUGCUGAACCAGACUCUUGGCGAGGGGCUCAUGGCGCAAACGGCUCUCCAAGUCAGCACGCUCUUCGGGGAGCUUCUUCUGCUAAGGGAACGCAGCCCGGAGCCGCUGGAGAACAUGGACGUGCUGCAGCAGAGCUUGGAGCGCAUCCUCGAGAGCCUCCAGCAGAGCCAGGCCAUGCAACCCCUCUUGUCGGAGAAGCUGGCGAAGCAGGUACGCGCCAAGUUCUGCGAGGAUGACGCCGAAGAUCAGAGCUUCCCGCUGGUGCACUGA